GAGACAUCCAAUAGGAUUGGGAGACUGGAGGUCAGGAGCCAGGUUAGGCCUGGAUGAAUAGGUAGCAUUGUCUCCCAGGAGGUGAUAAUUGAAUCCUUAAGAGUUGAUGAGAUUAUGGAAUUAAAUAAUAUAGAGAAGAGGGCCCUGGACAGAGUUGGUGGCAGGAGACCAGGACCAUCCUGUAGAGGACAUGCCCGUCGUGGUGAAGAUUGAGAAGGGCGUCGGCAGCAACGGCGCCGCUGGCCCAGGAGCCUUCUCCCAGACUCGGAGCAGCAGCACGGGCAGCAGCAGCAGCGGUGGGGGCGGAGGCGGCCAGGAGUCCCAGCCAUCCCCACUGGCUUUGCUAGCAGCCACUUGCAGCAGAAUUGAGUCUCCCAAUGAAAACAGCAACAACUCCCAGGGCCCAGGCCAGUCAGGGGGCUCAGGUGAGCUCGAUCUUACAGCAGCCGCACAACUCGCCCAAGGUGCCAAUGGUUGGCAGAUCAUCUCCUCCUCUGGGGCUGCCCCUACCUCAAAGGAUCAGGGUGGCGGCAGUAGCAAUGGCAGCAGUAGCAGCGAGUCCUCCAAGAACCGGCCUGUCUCUGGUGGGCAGUAUGUAGUUACCACCACCCCCAAUAUACAGAACCAGCAAGUUCUGACAGGACUUCCUGGCGUGAUGCCCAACAUUCAGUACCAAGUGAUCCCCCAGUUCCAGACUGUUGAUGGGCAGCAGCUGCAGUUUGCCACCACAGGAGCCCAAGUGCAGCAGGAUGGCUCUGGUCAAAUUCAGAUAAUCCCUGGGGCAAACCAGCAGAUUAUUACAAAUCGAGGGAGUGGGGGCAAUAUCAUCGCAGCUAUGCCAAACCUGCUCCAGCAGGCUGUCCCCCUCCAAGGCUUGGCCAAUAAUGUCCUCUCUGGACAGACUCAGUAUGUGGCCAAUGUCCCAGUAGCCCUGAAUGGCAAUAUCACCCUGCUGCCUGUCAACAGUGUGGCUGCAGCCACCCUGACUCCCAGCUCCCAGGCAGUCACAAUCAGUAGCUCAGGCUCUCAAGAGAGUGGCUCCCAGCCUGCAACCUCAGGGACAACCAUUAGCUCUUCCAGCCUGGCAACCUCACAAGCCAGUUCUGGAUCCUUCUUCACUAAUGCCAGCAGUUACUCAUCCACAACCACCACCAGCAAUAUGGGCAUUAUGAACUUCUCCACCAGCGGGACUGCCGGGACCAAUACUCCAGUCCAGACGCCCCAGAGGGUCAGUGGACUUCAGGGAUCAGACUCUCUGAAUGUGCAGCAGAACCAGACGCCUGGGGGAACACUCCAGCCCAACCAACAGAAGGAGGGAGAACAGAACCAGCAGUCUCAGCAACAGCAACAGAUCCUCAUCCAGCCUCAGCUGGUUCAAGGGGGACAGACUCUUCAGGCCCUCCAGGCUGCACCGCUGUCAGGCCAGACCUUUACAACCCAAGCCAUUUCCCAAGAUGGUCUCCAGAACCUCCAGCUUCAGGCUGUUCCCAACUCAGGCCCUAUUAUCAUCCGGACACCAACAGUGGGGCCUAAUGGGCAAGUCAGUUGGCAGACUAUUCAGCUGCAGAAUCUUCAAGUCCAGAACCCCCAGGCUCAGACAAUCACCCUGGCACCAAUGCAGGGUGUCUCUUUGGGACAGACUGGCAACAGCAACACCACCCUUACACCUAUCGCCUCAGCUGCCUCCAUCCCUGCUGGCACAGUCACUGUGAAUGCUGCUCAGCUCUCCUCCAUGCCAGGCCUCCAGACCAUCAACCUCAGUGCAUUAAGUGCUUCAGGAAUCCAGGUGCACCAGCUGCCAGGCCUGCCACUGACCAUAGCAAAUGCCACAGGGGACCAUGGGGCUCAACUUGGCCUUCACGGGGCUAGUGGUGAUGGAAUGCACGAUGACACAGCUGGGGGGGUAGAAGGAGAAUCCAGCUCAGACCCUCAACCCCAGCCUGGUCGGAGGACACGACGGGAGGCUUGUACCUGCCCCUAUUGUAAAGACAGUGAAGGGAGGGGCUCUGGGGAUCCUGGGAAAAAGAAACAACAUAUCUGCCACAUGCCAGGUUGUGGCAAAGUUUAUGGCAAGACCUCUCACCUUCGGGCACACCUACGAUGGCACACAGGGGAGAGGCCCUUUGUCUGCUCCUGGAUGUACUGUGGAAAGCGCUUCACCCGCUCAGAUGAGCUUCAGCGGCACAAGCGUACACACACAGGUGAGAAGAAGUUUGCCUGCCCUGAAUGCCCCAAACGCUUCAUGAGGAGUGACCACUUGUCAAAGCACAUCAAGACCCACCAGAAUAAAAAAGGAGGCCCAGGAGUGGCCCUGAGCGUAGGCACCAUGCCCCUGGACAGCGGGGCAGGCUCAGAGGGCAGUGGCACUCCCACUCCUUCUGCCCUCAUCACCACCAACAUGGUAGCAAUGGAAGCUAUCUGCCCAGAGGGCAUUGCCCGACUCGCUAACAGUGGUAUCAACGUCAUGCAGGUAGCUGACCUGCAGUCCAUCAAUAUCAGUGGCAAUGGCUUCUGAGAUUGGGCGCCCAGUGCCAGAGACACGGGCUUUACCCAUAAAGCCUGGGGUACAAGGUAGCAUGGGUCCAAGAGACGUGUGGGAGAGGGAGCCAAGAGGUAUUGAAGAUGCACAGCAAUGGGAAGUGUGGGAGAUGAGGUGGGGCCCUGGUACCCCUGCAGGAUGGGCGCUUGAGGGGAAGCUGGUGAUGUGACCCCUCCAGUCACCCUCCAAGGAGCGUUUGACCCCAGACGGUUUCCUUUUAAAAUUCUUUCCCCAACCUCUUCCCCCUUUCUGCUUUACUUAUCUUAAACCUCCCCCAUGAUGGAUCCUUCCCCUUCCCCUUUCCUUAAAGCCAUCAUGCCUUGAUAAAUAUAUAUA